AUGGAGGCCCUCCUACCCAAACGCAUUACCCCCUCCUUCCCCAACUGGACCCAGACCCCCAUCCCCAACCUCCAAGUCUCCUCCGCGGGUCUCCUCGCGCUCGCCGAUUUGGGUACCAUCGCGCAGCGCACGCGCAUCGUCGGCGGCUCCUCCUGGCUCGACGCUCUGUUAUUAGCGCCGGGACUGCACUACCAGCAGGCGGCCGACGCGCUGGUCGGGGGCGGCGGCGGUGGUGGUAGUAUGAGAGGCGGUGCUGGAGGCGGCGAUCCGGUCUCGUCGUACAGCGCCGUCGAGCUUGUCGUCGGCGGCAGCGGCGGGGAGGGAGAAGGGGGCAAAACGACCACGUACAACAUCACCAACGCGGCGAUGCUGCAGUACCUGCGGCGCGUCAGUCGGGCCGGGGAGCGCGUCGUCGUCGAUGUGGGCAUGCUUCCAAAGCGCGACGGGUUUUACUCGUGGCGGUCGUGGGGUAUGGGCGGACCCGGUUCAAUGGGGAGUGGGAGUAGGAGUCGGAGGCGGCGGUCGUCGGGCGGCGGCAGGCAGCGCGCGACGAUAUGGCAGGACGAGGGCGCAGAUCUGGGGUGGUUGUCGCAUGUGCUGUAUUUGGCCAGUCCUGUACUGACGGUUGCUGCUGUUGUGUUCAUGAUCUUGCUUCGCGAAUGGUGGGGCGUAGGCCUCCUCCUCGCCCUCAUGUUCAGCCGCAUCCUCAACAUCUGGGUAAUAAAGCAGCGAUGCCAACCGCCGCCUUCUCCCCCUUCCUCUCCUCAUGCUCCUUCCCAACACCCCAACCCAAGCCAUCCACCCGACCAAACCCUCCCGAACCUCCUCACAGAAUACACCAUAACCCCCCCCACCCCCCCUUCCCAAAACCAAACCACCCAAUCCCAAUCCCAAAACCAAUCUCAAUCCCAAACCAUCACCCUCCGCGGCCUCCCAACCGACCUCCAAGCCGUAACCACAGCCCCAUGGCUAGCCCACAAGACGCACGUCGACGGCUACCUCGAGGCCAUGGCAAAGCUGACCGUGUACCUGGUCGCCGCGCUCAGCGGCAACAUGACGCAGGUCGGCUCCGUGAUCUUUCUGGCGCUUUUGUUAUUAACGGCGGGUUUGCUUGGCUUGAGCAAUGCUCAUGCAAGGACUUUGAGGAUGCAUGGGCGGGUGGUGGUGGGGACGGUGGAGGAUAAGGGGGGUAUGGUGCCGGGGAGGGGUGGUGGAAAACGGGGUGAUGGGAGGAAACUUAAAGGUGAUGAUAGGCAAGGUGCUGGUGCUGGUGCUGGGGCGCGGUAUCCGAAUGGUGGCGAGGAUGGCACCUCCUGGCCGGCGAGCGACGACUUGACGUCGAGUGGGAUCUCGGGCAUGGACGAUUUCGCGGAGAGGGGCCAGGUUGGGCGACCGGUGAGGGAUCGGCGUUUGUUCGACGAUUCAGUGGAGUACAAGUAA